AUGAUGCUAGAUGGUAGAAUAGUGGGUAUCAAGAAGUCCAAAGUUGUGGAUUCAAGUCAAGUCAAGCAAUUCAUCAAUGAAGUUGCCAUUUUGUCACAAAUUAAUCACCGAAAUGUGGUAAAUCUAUUAGGCUACUAUGUGGAGAUUGAAGUUCCAAUUCUUGUGUAUGAUUUUAUACAAAAUGGAACCCUUUUCCAUCAUAUUCAUCGCCAUCAUCAUGACCAAGACAAUGAAUCAUCACUCUCAUGGGACAAUCGCUUGCAAAUUGCAUCAGAAGUUACAGGGCACUCUCCUCCAUGCAUUUAG